UCACAAUAUCUCCACCAUUUCUCACCCUUCUUAUUAUUCUGCUUUCUAAUCUCUCACAUAUUUUCUUUUGUUCACACUUCCCAUUCCUCUAUUUCGUUACCAUAUUCUUUAUUCUUAUUUUGAUUCUGAUUCUGAUUCUGGUUCCUUCACCCUUACCCCCACCCCCCUGCGAUAGUCCGACCCGUAUUUGCUUCUCCAUCGGACUUGGCACUGCGGUGGGCAGAAGGGCGAAAUCUUAUUGAAUUUGGAAACAUUGGUCGAAUUUAGAUGUGGAUUCAUCUCGGUGUGCGAUUUUGGUUAUCAUUUGGAAAUUGAGGUUCUAAUCCUCUAUUCAUGGACUCGAUUUGGGCGAACAAUGCUGCCCCUGCCCCUUCUCAUUUCUUCUAUGUCAUUUACUUCGCUUUUGGUUUCGUUGGAGCCAGAUUCAUCCUUGACAGAUUCAUUUUUCGUAGACUAGCAAUUUGGUUGCUGCAUCUGGGAACCGCCCAUCUGAAGAAUGAUGAGGCUACAAGAGGAAAAAUUGUUAAAUGCUCUGAAUCCAUGUGGAAACUUGCUUAUUAUGGCACUGUUGAGUUUUGUGUCCUGAAAGUUGCAUAUCAUGAGCCAUGGUUCCUAGAUGUGAAGGAGUAUUUCAGGGGCUGGCCAAAUCAGGAGCUAUCGUCUGGCAUAAAACUUAUCUAUAUGUGCCAAUGUGGGUUCUACGUCUAUUCCAUUGCUGCGCUCCUUGUUUGGGAAACACGACGGAAGGACUUUGCUGUAAUGAUGUCUCAUCACAUAGUGACAGUUAUUCUGAUUUCAUACUCAUAUAUUUCAAGCUUCUUUCGGAUCGGGAUAGUUAUUCUUGCAUUACAUGAUGCAAGUGAUGUCUUUCUUGAAGCUGCCAAAGUGUUUAAAUAUUCGGAGAAGGAGCUUGGAGCUAGCAUAUUAUUUGGUUUUUUUGCUGUCUCCUGGUUUGCACUUAGGCUGGUUUUCUUUCCAUUUUGGGUCAUACGAUCCUCAAGCUAUUAUUUAUGUGAGGUUUUGAAGUUGUCAGAGGCAUACAGUACACUGCUAUACUACAUCUUCAACACAAUGCUGUUGACCCUACUUGUGUUCCACCUGUAUUGGUGGAUUCUCAUAUGUUCAAUGAUCAUGAGACAGUUGAAAAAUAGAGGGAAAGUUGGGGAAGAUAUAAGAUCUGAUUCGGAAGAUGAUGACUAACUUGGACACUCAGAUUAUUCGGCAGAAACGUGCUAGCUUGGAAGAUUGCAUAUGAGUUAUAGGUUUGGGUCUGCAUCUGAUUCUUUUUCCCAAUAGACUUAGCUUGACGUCUUCUACGUUUUAUAGUCCAUUAAUUGUUCUUUGUUUUUGUUUGACUAUAGAAGUAGAACUAGUACGAAUAGAUGCGGGGAUAUUAUCAGUUUAACUUGUCUUACAUUUUUGGUGUACAAAAUAAUAGGUAUCUCCUUGUAUAAUUGUUCCCUAAACAAGUAUAUUCAAAACGAUUCAAGCAAACAAUCUUCAGUUUUUCAUUUA